AUGACGCGAGAUAUCCAGGAAAUGACGGACGCUUGUGGGGUCUGUCAGAAACAUCAGCGAAGCAAUGUCAAACAUACAGUGAUUUCCAAAGAGAUUCCAAGCCUACCAUUUGAGAGAGUUGCAACAGAUUUGUUUCACUUCAGAGGAAGGGAGUUCAUAUUGUUAGUUGAUAGCUACUCUAGCUACUUUGACUUCAAGGAGCUAGCGAAUACUUCAUCUCGUACCAUAAUCCAACAAUUGAAAGAGUGGUUCGCAGUACACGGCAUCCCUAGAGUAUUGGAAUCAGACAACGGUCCUCAGUAUUCGUCUCAAGAGUUCAAAGAGUUCUCGAAAGAAUGGUGUUUCGACCGCAGUACCUCCAGCCCAAACUUCCCGAGAGCCAAUGGACUAGCCGAGAGGUAUGUUCAAACAGCAAAAGCCAUACUCAAGAAAUGUGCAGAGGACAAAACCGAUUUGCAGCUCGCGCUGCUGCAUUCUAGAAACACGCCAAGGUCAGCCGAUUUACCAUCAUCUAGUGAAAGACUCAUGGGUCGCCUCCUACGUUCGAACUUGCCAUGUACCAAAAUGAGCUUGCAACCCAGACCGGUCAGCAGGGUGUCCACGGCUCUCAAUGAAGAGAGAGAGCACCAAAAGCAAUAUGCAGAUCGCGGAGCAGUGGAGUCCAAGCGAUACAACCAAGGAGACUCAAUCAUGCUUCAGAAUCACGAAACAAAGACAUGGACUCCCGCAACCAUUCUCAAGUGCACCGACGGGAGAAGAUCGUACGUGGUUACAGAUGGGGAAAGAGUACUGAGAAGAAAUUCACACCAUAUAACGAGAGGCCCGACACGCUUCCGGUUUUAA